AUGUCGGAACAACGCGACAUCACUUCCGUGUAUGGCCGCCGCGAUAGUGAUCCUGACCCACAACGGAACGCGCCCUCGGAGACAGCAAGGCGGACAGAUGGUGGAGUUGAGUACGACCUUCCAACCGAACGCGAACUACAGCUGUUCAGCGUGCGAGUAGAGACGGAGCCCAAUGUCUUCAAGCCCAUUGGUCCGGUGAAGGGUCUGAAGGUACCAAUAGCCAACUGCCUGCCGCCAUCUGGACCGUACUACGACGAGUAUACCCUCGGAAGCCAUUUCGGCGAAGCCGUGUUCGACGUGCACGCCAACGGCGAGAUACGCGUGUGCAUUGUUUGUUGGGAGGCCAAACAUGAAGAUACCCACAAGAAGUGUAGGAAGAAGUGUCGGGUUUGCAAGAAGAAUGACCAUCCCGGGCAGACUUGUGGUCAAAUAUACGCGACGCUGGCGUGGUGGAGGGCUCGGGGCUAUAAUGUGGUCAAGACAAUGCGCGUGCGUCCCAGCGUCAGGGAGCUGGUAUACCUUGUCGCCGCCGGCGUCGUGCACAGCUUCAAAAAGCUCACAGACCCUGUUGUCCUGAAGGACAAUCAUCCGCUCGUGCGAGAGCUUUACCGAACGACCUCGAUGCCCCAACAUUCGCCGGCGAGAAUUGUUUGGCCCAAGCCGAAAGCGCUUCAGAAGCGGUCAAAGUCAAGCGUUGCCAAGCAGCAUGUCAGUCAAGCCGCAGAAGGUGCUGGGCGUUCGAAGUUGGAGUCCACCCACAGCGUAGACCCCACUCGCGAUCCCCGCCUUUUGGCUCGACGCGUGGCGGUGGAAGAGGAGGAGGUAUUCGGUGGUGAAAUCGCUUCCAUCGCCGACCAACCAGUCACACAUGAGUUUGUCGAUGGCACUGCAGAAGCGAGCACCUCUGUCCAGGAGUUCGCGCAUGAAUCUGAGCAGAUCCGCUUCUUACAAGCCGAGAAUAGGCGCUUAGCUGAAGCUCUCGAGCAAGCUCGCAUUGAGCUGAUUGCGAAAGAUGCUCGGAUUGCGGAGUUGAUUGGUGGCGGCGGUUCCACGGGCGCGAAGCGGCCCAGGACCUGA